AUGAAUAACCGAAAUCAAUCCUCUAACUCAGCCAGUGAAGAAACUGUUUACUCUGGAAAACGAAACGCCAUUCCUUCCAGAUCCUAUUCGGUAUCUUCUAUGUCCUCCGACUCGAUUCCUUUUGAAGCCCUUCAAGCUCACUAUGAUUCCGAUAAUGAAUCUGAUGUUACACCACAUCCAAUAAAUUCCGAUGUUGUUAAUUCAGAAAGUGAUAGUGAUAGUGAUAGUGAUAGUGAUAGUGAUAAGGAUGGUGAUGAGGGCCGAUCGGCUCAAUUCCCCAUAGGAACUAGAAAUAGUUGCCUACCAUCUAUUAAAAAGGCUCAAAAAUUUUAUAAGCACCAAAAUCGUAAGCAAUCAGCAGAUAAUGACCAAAAAAGUAAAAUCAACUACUCUUCCAUUUACGGUAUUUCUUCGACUGAUUAUUCAACUACCGAUCUGAACCCCGAUAACAUUGAAGAUUUAAAUGACAUUGCUGUCCUUGAUGGUGCCUAUACUAUUAGUGAUAAUGUUAACAGCUCUCAAAAAAGGGUUACUGUUGACGUUCCAGUCACGCCAGUCACUCCAGUCGUUCAAUCCAAUACAAACUCUCCAGCUGCAUUUAGUGCCCCGAUUCAUUCCAGUGAUAAUGACGCCGAUGCUAAUUAUAAUAAUAGCGAAGAAGAGAUUGACAAUGUCAAUCAAGAAAUUGAAGAUCGCGCAUCUAUAAAUGGUGAUGAUAACGCUGAAGAUGAUGAUGAUUUUGGCCUAAUGGGUAAUGGUAUCGAUACUAUUGUAAGUGACUCUGAAAAUAAUUCGAUCAAUGGUACUGAUGAUUCAGAUGAGUCUGAUGACUCUGAUGACUCUGAUGACUCUGAUGACUCUGACAUAUCUGAUUCCGAUUCUGAUGACGGAUUUCAAUACAGAAAAAAGGCUAAACUUAAGACAGAGCUCAAGCCUCCCCCCAAAUUAGAAAUCCCUAAACUUUUGGAUCCUUCUACAUUUCGAAUAUCUACAGCGUCUUCUGCUGAUUCUGGAUAUACUUCUUUUCCCACUAAUUCUCUUAAAUUAACGUCUUCAUUUGAUGAUGACGAUGAUGAUAAUGAUAAUGAUGAUGAUGAUGAUAAUAUAAGUGAUUUAAGUGUGAUGAGUGAAACUGAACUUGAUGCCCUGGAGGCGUCAAUAAGCCAAUUUAGAAGACGCAGGGAUUCUGUUGUUGAUCAGUCGUUGGACGAUAGGACUUUAUUUCCUCGCUCGGCUAUUCCUGAUCCCAUUAACGAAGAAAAUGAAAGUGACUCACCACUGGAUUUUUAUAAUAAAGAUGAUGAUGAUAGACUUUUAGCAGUAAUUGGAUCAGGUUUUGAGUCAAGUACUGCCGAGGCUGAUCAGGAUUCUGAUGACGAAGAUGAAGAUGAAGAAGAAGAAGAAGAAGAAGAAGAAUAUGAUGAUGAUGAUAAUGAUCCAUUUGAAACUGGGACGAUUGAAAAUAGAAUCAUUGGUCAAGAAGAUCUUUUUUACGAUGACAGUGAUGAAGAUAUUGAUGAUUUUGCUAUUGAACAAGAGGAAGAACGUGCUUUAGUCGAAGAGGUUGAGCAGAGUGGUGAUUUAAGUAUCCCUCCUUCUCCGGUUUUUCUUGGAUAUGAGUCUGAUGAGGAUGAUGAAUUCGAUUCGGAUCUAUCGUUUAAUGAAGAUGUAUUUUUAUCGCGAACUAUUGAGGAAAGCAUUCAACAGUCGUCAUUAAAAAAACGGUCUGAAGAAGCUACAGAUGAUGAUGAUUAUCUUUGGUCAUAUUUUUUUACAUCUGAUGAAGGAGACUCUACUGACGAAGAGAAUGGCAUGAAAAAUAGAGAUCAAGAAAUUACUAUUGGGAUUACGGGUUUGAAUGAUGAAGUAUAUACUCAUGAGAUGACUGACUACUCAGGUGAAUCAACUGAUGAAGAUGAAACUAUACCUAAAAACACUAACAAAAAUCCCACAUCUCGUCCUACAGAAAUUCUUUCAUCGUCAAAUACAGUCACUCGUCCUCCUGUUUUGGGUUCAUGGGUUAUGAGUACCGAAAGACCCUAUGGCAUCAUUGAUGGAAGAACAACUCGAACUCUCAGCCCCCAAGAUUCAAAUUUGAUUUUUCCUACUGGUGUUGAUGGGUCUCGAAAAAGGUCCUUUAAUUCAAUUUCUAUGGAGUCACCUUUAGCCCACCGCAAGAAAUCAACUGAUAUUGUAUUUGGAGAUCAGAAUUCAUUUGCUGGUUCAAAUGGAUCUUCAGCAAAGGCAAAUGACAUUAUUAAAAGUCUAGAUGCCAUUAUUACUUCCGAUGCAACAAUUUCAUUAAAAAAUGGGAAGAAAGAAGGGAAGGAUGAUGAUAGUGAUUCAGACCUAAGUGUCUUGGCACUUGAUGAUUUCAUUUAUACAAGCGAGCUAGAUGAUGAAGAUGACCCCCCAACUCAAAAUGGAUCAAAUUAUGAGACUCUUUAUGGGCGACUUUCAAAAAGAGAUAUUCCACUUUCUGCUUUUCGGAAUCGAGGAAUGUCUGUGGUUUACGAACAACCAUCUUUGCAAAAUACUGCUUCGGUUGCAACGCCUGCUCCACAUAGUAAUCCUUCACAUCUUCGAACUCGCAGAAGCUCCACUGUUUCAAUUAAUGCCGGCGUAUCUUCGACGUCCAUUUCUCGGCGCAAUUCCACUAUAAAGUCGCGACGCAGUAGCUCUGUUGUUUCUGCAAAUGGUUUUGAUGGAAACUUGUUUGCUGGUUUAGUGUUGCCAGCCCGCCCUUCAGGAAAAGUUUCCGAAAAACUCGGGAAAACAAGCAGUAAUAAUGGAAGCAUUGAUAAGAAAAAGAAAAAAAAUGAUGAUGAAGUUGGUAACUUGUUGGCAUCAGCUGCUGCGGCUGCUGCUGCUGCAUCUGCUACUUCUGCACCUGAAAACUCAUCUUUUAUUUCUUCACUUCCACAAGAUGUAAAUAAAGGAUUUACAUCUACUCUUAAAAACCGUAAAAAGAAAAGGAGAAGAGUUGGUAAUAAGCCUAGGCUUGUUCUUGAGGGUAUGAGUAUUGAUCAAAAAAGCAAUAGUACUCACAAAGAUCAAGGGAAUCUUGAUAUGGAAGUCGAUUUGUUGGCUACAACUGAUCUUGUAGAUGAGUUAGUUAAUUUGGGAGCAUUGAGCCCUCUCUUUGGAGGAAUCGCAUAG